AUGGGGCAGGAUACGGGGGAUGAUAUAAUAUCGAAGAAAUCUCUAUUGGUGGUCAAAGAAAUCAUUAACUUUUUGAAAGAACACGCACGAGAGGAAGGUCUGUUUCGUAGAUCAGGGCGUCGUAAAUUCAGACGUCGUAUUUUCAAUUGUUUAAAUAAAGGAGAAAAACCGCAAUUGGAUUUAGGGGAUGACGUUGCUUUGGAAUGCGCCGCCGCUUUGCAACUUUUUUUAACUCGUCUGAAGAAACCCGUCAUACCGAAACACGUUCAGGAAUUAAUUUUGGCCGAUAAUCCAGGAGUAACGGCAGGAGUAGUAGCAAGAGAUGCUCUUGGUUUAAUAAGACAAGAUAUCAGUGGUCGACAUAGCGAACUUUUAGCUGAUCUUCUAAAUUUAAUAAGAUAUCUGACACUAUCUGGACCACCUUCAGAAAGAACAGAAUUACAAGGAUCACCAUUGCCCAUAGCUCUUUUACCUGUAUUCUUCGCGUUAAAACCAAUCGAUUUAAUGAAAUGGAAACAAGUUGCUGCACGAUUCAACGAGUUAAUUACCGAAGCACCAAAACAAUUACGAAUUAAUGAAAAUCGUUGCUUUGAAUCGACCACUAUCUCAAGACCCAAUGAUAAUAAUCAAAAUGAAAUUCAACAAGAAACUCAAUCGGAAGAAUCAACAACAUUAGCUGAAUUACCUGUGUUAUGUCCAUUUAUUAGAUUCACUGAUAAUUACAAUCGGUUUAAUGCCGGAGAAAUGGCUCAUACUCUUGCUACUGCACCUUUACAUUGGCCUACCGCUGACAGAUUGCAUCCACUUAUUUCACAUACCAAUCGACAAAUUAGAAGCAACGUUUGA